UUCAGCGUGCGCGCUCCCGAGCACGUGCGUCAUCGGCGUCGGCUCCCGCGGGCUGGGCGGUCGGCGACCCGGGUUGCACAGCAGGAACGGUGGGCUGAGAGAAGAGGAGAGAGUAGGUGGGGGUGCGGCACGCAGACGGAACCCCCGCGAAAGGCCGAGAGAAGACGCGCGACACGACCUCUCCUAAUCUACCCGAGAACCCCGACUCCAUUGUCUGCUGGCCCCGCCCUCCAUUGGGCACGCCCUUCGCCCUAGCCCCCGACGCUUAUUGGCUGUAGGUCACGCCCCUCCUUGAUCUCUUGGUCCUCAUUGGCUCUUAUUCCACGUUAUCCUCUCCUGCGGUUUCUUAUUGGUAAAGGCCACACCCUCUCAUUUGUCACCAAACCCCGCCUUCAGUAGUCGAGGGUUCCUCCCCCAUCCAUCCUUCAUUCAUUCUGCAUCUACUGCUGGAUGGAUGUUCGGGACAUGGGGGUGAAUCAGACCCGUCCCUGCCCUCGGGGAGUUCAGGAGGUGGUGAAGGGACACGGACCUAGGCUCCAACAGUGACAGCCUAGGGCGGUAAAGAAGCCGCUGAGACACGGAGACCCUCUAGACGCCGGGAAGGAUUCCCACAGGAGAGGUCGACAGUGUGGGGAGUUGGAGUAACCCAGGUGGAUGUAACCUGCAGGACAGAAUGGUGCUGGACUCAGGAGCUCAGGUGUAUGAGCAGGCACCCCUCAGCCCACAUGCCAGUUCCCCAUCACUGCACCAUAGGCUGAAGCCCUCAGACAGAGAUGGGUCACCGCUGUACCCCUGGCCUCCAUCCCUGGCCUUGCCCCUGGGUAUGGCAGUCCCCUCAGCACUGCGGCCCCAGCCUGAGCAGCAGCCCUUCUCAGAGCUAUGCUUGGGCCACCGUGGCCACAUGCGUCGUAGUGAGAGCACCUACACUGUAAAUAGUACUGGCCAGCGGGGGCAUGCUACCCAGGGACAGGUCCCACCUGGACGGGGACGGAACCUAGGUGCUGGCACCCUGCGGUCUGCAGCCUCCCUGCCUCACAUUGCUAAGACUCGAAGGGAUACAAGCCAUGGUGCCAGCAAAAGCCCCUGCAUGUUGGUGGCCCUGCGGCCAACCAACAUGGACCGCGAGCGGGACAAGUUCUUCCAGUCCCAUUACACCUACAAUCCACAGUUUGAGUACCAGGAGCCCAUGCCUACAACUGUGCUGGAGAAGUACCGUGAGGCCUCUGGACAAUUCAUCCAUCAGGCAGUUGGAAUCAUUGAGGCUGUCCUGGAGAAGUUUGGCACCUAUGAACACUUUGAGGCUGCCACUGGAGGCCAGCUGCUGACCAAGUGCCAGAUUUGGUCCAUUGUGCGCAAAUACAUGCAGAAGGAGGGCUGCGUUGGGGAGGUUGUGGUGCAGCUGAGUGAGGACCUGCUGUCCCAGGCAGUGAUGAUGGUGGAGAACAGCCGACCCACAUUGGCCAUCAACCUGACUGGAGCGCGCCAGUAUUGGCUGGAGGGCAUGCUGCGGCACGAGAUAGGCACCCACUACCUGCGGGGCGUGAACAACGCACGACAGCCAUGGCGCAGCGCCGAGGGCCGGCUGCAGUAUGGGCUGCGGCCGGCCAACCCCACCGAGGAGGGCCUGGCCAGCCUGCACAGUGUGCUGUUCCGCAAGCAGCCCUUCCUGUGGCGCGCCGCCCUGCUCUACUACACAAUCCACCGUGCCGCGCGCAUGUCCUUCCGCCAGCUCUUCCAGGACCUGGCGCGCUACGUGCAGGAUGCCGACGUGCGCUGGGAAUACUGCGUGCGCGCCAAGCGCGGCCAGACCGACACCUCGCUGCCCGGCUGCUUCAGCAAGGACCAGGUGUACCUGGAUGGCAUCGUGCACAUUCUGCGGCACCGCCAGACCAUCGAUUUCCCGCUGUUGACCUCUCUGGGCAAGGUGUCCUAUGAGGAUGUGGACCACCUGCGGCCCUAUGGGGUGCUGGAUAAUACCCGGGUGCCCCACUUCAUGCAGGACUUGUCACGCUACCAACAGCAGCUGGAGCACAUCAUGGCCACCAACCGGCUGGAUGAGGCGGAGCUUGGCCGCCUACUGCCCGACUGAUGUUGGUUGAGGGCUACAGGCAGAGGCCCUGGACAUAUGGCUCCAGGUCGGCCCCCAGAACAUGAAGCUGUCUGCUCUGUGCUUCCACAGUCUGGGUGUUUCUUAGGAGCAUUGGGAAGGCAGGAGCAUCCUGGGAGGAGGAGCCACAACAUCAGAGGGUUUGUGUCCCUUGCUAGCCUCCUUGGGGCCUAGGGACCAGCAUCAGCAUGUCAAGCAAAGUGAUUUGUCCUCCUGCCUCCAGCUCUCUUUUGAGCAGAAGGAAGGCCUGAGGGUGAGAGGAGGGGAGGGGAGCGAGCAUCGAUGGAGCUGGGGGUGGUUUGGGAGCAGAAACUUGUUCUUGCAUGAGAUGGCUUUGAGUGUCUGGUUACUCCAGUUUCUCCCUUCCCCUACCUGGCCCCUUGGUGCUCCUUCAGCAUUCAUGCUGUCUACCUCUCACUGGGUCCAGGUGGGGGUUGGGAUCCCUUCUCCUGGGGUGAUUGCCUGAGCCUGGGUUCCUGGCUUUCACACAGGCUCAAGGGGCAGGGGUCCUGGCAGUAGAGACCCAGCUGGGCUGGGGUGUGCUUUCCAUCAUUUUGCCUCUCUCACUGGUCAUGUAUUUAUUCCACAUUUAUGUACUCUACUUCCUGGGGCUGGGAGGCAGCAGCUCCUGAAGGUUUAGUGAAGGGAACAGGACACUCUUUUCCUUGCCUUACCCUCAUACCUAUUUCUCUCUCUCUCUCUCUCUCUCUCACACACACACACACACACACACACACACACACAUGCUUCAGGCCUUGUGAUUCGAGCCCAAGAGCUCACCUGGCCCUGCUCCCAUCCCCUUCACUGGCCUCUGCUGUUUCUGUCUUUGCCUACACCCUCACAGCUGGUCUCUGGCGGAGGUUGGCAUAGGCUGGGAGCAACCACACGAGCCUGAAGGGCAGGCCCCUAGGGUUUGUUGUCUUGAGCACCUCCAGGACCAGAAGAGGUGCAGAGGUGGUUGUUGGUUCCAGUUUCACUUCCGACUCAGCUGCAUGAGGUUGACCCAGUCCCACUCCUACCCUUGUUUUCCCAUCUGUAAGACUCGAAAACUCAGCUAGAAAGUCCUUACUCAUUUAGUCAAAGAAUACAUACAGAGCACCUUCUAUGUGCCAGUUACUGGUCGGAACCCUCACUGAGCUCCCAGUGCAGAGGGAAGCCAGACAAUUAA